AGCCAUUUUUGGCUCAAGCCAUUGUGGCUCAAGUUUGGCGCAAGCACGUCAUUAUUUGAGUCAUUCGUUUCUGCGGCACUCCAAUAUUUAGGUGUCUUUGCUUUAUUGCGGCGUUAUGCUUAUGCAUCGGGGAGUACGAUCAGCAUAUUUCAUUCUGUACGGACUGGUAAUGGGGGAAGAGUAAGUCGAAAUCGAAUGGCGCAACUGUUGUAAUUCACGUUGGACCCCACAAGACCGCUACGACAACAGUUCAACGGGAGUUGUCUCACCGGGCGUCCCUGCUGGAAGAAGACGGUUGGACAUUCCUGCGCCCUAGACAAUUCGGAAGUUUGAAAAAAGUGCAUAAUGAGGUUCAAGUCGCUAACGUAGCUUCGUGCUAUAGCGAGAAGGGAGUUCAAUGGGCUGUAAAUCAAGCCCGAACUUGUUUGGAUUGGCUAGAGUACAUUGACAAGCUCAGGGGUACCUCCCAUCACGUGGUGAUGUCAAGUGAGAUUUUCUCCACAUGGCCAUGCCAUAUCGCGCAGCUCGCCUCUGAUUUAAGGCACGUCGCUACUAAAAUCGUCGUGGUUUAUCGACCUUUCUACGAAUGGAUCGCAAGCGUCUACCGGGAAAGAAAUGCAAAAACAAUUUCAAAAGCAGGUUUCGCUUCUUGGUUGACCGAUUCAGUAAUGGAGGAGUGGGCAGCAAAUCGUUCUUCGACGUCAGUGUACAGUAGAUACGCGGCCCAUUUUUCUGACGUAGUGAUGCACAGCUUGGACUCCUCUCUUUUGGCAAAUAUUGCGUGCGAUGACCUUGGAGCUCCGAGGGCUUGUGCUUGGUUCCAGGGAGCAAAGGUGAGAAACGCCAACGUCAAACGAAAAGAAGAUUCAACAGGUGAAUGUCUCAGCCCUGCACAGCGGCAAACAAUGGAAACCAUAUCAAUUGAUCUUCAUCGGACGGCCUUUGGCAUAUUUGUACCUUUUCCGGCUUCCGAUUUCCAUGACCAGCUUUCCAAUUGUUUCGGCAACCGUUGAGCUAAAGUUUGGAGAGUCACGCCAGCAAAAGUCCGAUGAUACUGCACUCACGCAGCUGAAUCGCAGUCUGCGCGUGCCCGGCCACGGGCCAUUUGCUAGUAUCUGCCCGGACACGGGCCUCUAUUGUGAUUGCAUGAUUUGAUGCCUGAAGCAUCCUUUAUACAUAUAACGGCGCACCGGGUCCGGGGGCCCGGGGCCGGGACCCCGACCGCAAAUGUGGGCUCCGGGGGGCCCGGAGGCUCGCCGGGGCUUGCCGGAGGCCUCCCCCGUCAGACAAGACGGC